CGGUAAUCAUGUUAUGCGCCCAUGAUCGUCAGUACAGCGCGCCGGAAUACAAGGUAGCCAUGCGUGUUGAGCCCAGCUACCUAUCCAGGGUCCAUGCAUGUGCCUUUCUUGAAUCUGCGCUGGUCAGAGGAGGAGUUGGGGACUUUUGAAGCUUUUGAUACUUGCUUGCUUGCCCAUCUUUCUCAUCGUUUUCGAAUUUCUCUUCUGCGAGUCACUGUCGCUGGAUCCUUCUCUUUCUGCUGCUUAUAAUCUCUCGUUAAUCAACCCAGGUUGAACUUCCAAUCGUCCAUUUGCUCGUUGCUUGCCAUAAGAGAGGAUUGUUUAUCCACCGUUAUCAUGCGCCAGAAUUGGAGGAGUCUCGUCGCGGCGACAGUUGGUCUAUUCUUAGCUGGCACGAGAGCUCAGACUGAGCCUGUGCAAGAUUUGGGAAGUUUGCUGGCGAACCAGUCGUCUUUAUCAACCUUUUAUGGAUUGAUCCAGAAAUACCCUCAAAUAUUGUUGCAACUACCUUCCUAUCAAGGAGUCACAAUUCUCGCACCCAACAACAAUGCCUUCGACAAGAUCCCAUACUCAUCACUCAGCGACGCAUUCAAGAACAACAAUGAGGAUGUCAUCACCAACGUCCUCCAGUACCACAUUCUACAGGGCACUCGUAUUGCUGCCCAAUUGGUUCCAGGAUCGCCAGUUUUCAUACCUACACUCUUGACGAGCACAGAGUACACAAAUGUGACGGGAGGUCAAGUGGUAGAGAACGUAAAACAAGCCGGGAAUGUGGUGGUCUUUGUCAGUGGGCAAGGUAGCAGAAGCACCUUGGUGAAAUCGGACCUGAGCUUCACCGGCGGCGUGGUUCAAAUCAUCGACUCCCUCUUGAUCCCACCCUCCAACCUUACUGACACGCUCAACGCCUUUAACAUCACCUCCUUCGAAGGUGCUCUAUAUGCAACAGACGACGUCUAUUCUUUCAGCAACACCCCCAAUGUAACAAUCUUUGCAUCUGCAGACUCGGGCUUUGAAGCCCUCGGCCCCGCCAUUACUUCCAUGACAUCGGAAGAACUCGCACAAGUCAUGAACUACACAAUCCUCCCCCAAGUCGUCUACUCCCCCGGCCUGACCAACGGCACCAAAUUCGUCGCCCGCAACGGUGAGAAUGUGUCCGUCCUCCACUCCGGAAAUAACGUCUACAUCAACUCCGCCCAGCUGCUCACCUCCGACAUCCUAAUUGCCAACGGCGUACUCCACGUGAUCGACAACGUGCUCAACCCCCAAGGACCGUAUGCACAGCCCAACCCUCAAAUCGGCUCCCAAGCGCCAGUUUUCGCCUCCGCGAGCAACGUCGAUGAGCUCCCUUUCACCGCGUCUAUCCCCUGUACCGUCUCCUGCCCCGUAAGCACGACCUCUACCCCGACGCCAUCCACGACUAGUUCCGUAGUCACGCCCACCAGCCUUGUGGCCGCCGCAACCUCAUCCUCCACGCGUGUCUCCACCAGCUCGAGUAAAGGACAGGCGGCGGCCCUGGCGAAGGAGACGGGAUUCGGCGCUGCGGGCCUGAUGGUUGCGCUUGGCGGGGCGGUAUUGAUGAUUUAAGCUCGGUCUUAGUCUCAUAAUUGGAAGCUGGACUUGGAGCUAGAAAGAAAAGAAGAACAGAAUGAUGUUCGGAUGAAAACAUACCUUUGGGUUAGAUGAAUGCAUGCUCGAAAACUAAUAUCGGUUGCAUCUGAUUUAUAUAUUCCCUUCGGUUGGACAUGGAGUAUAGUAUACGCUCGUCUUUGUUCUUCAACAUGUCCUAAGCUGGAGUUGCGGAUAUUCGGAUAGAUGUUUUGUGACGGGUUCAAGAUAGAGCAGGUUCGUGGGUGCAAUAAGUAAUGAAUGAAAGUUAAUGAAAUGAAUCCUUAUUCUUGAAUCGUUCUAUUCCUUCAUGCGCUUUUAUGUUUCUUACUCGUCCUAGGCGUAAUGGGAGAUUAGAGCAAGCUUAAGUCCCAAGAUCUGUAGACAGAGGAAACG